AUUUAAAGUAGGUCUCAUUAUACCUAGCUAUAGUAAUAAUGGACACAGGACCUAAACAGAGGCGCCUAGUAAAUCCACGCUAUACGGCGAAUAUCUUUUCUAUUCUAACAUUUGGAUGGACAUUGGAGACGUUCAAGUUAGGUUACAAUCGUGAUAUUGGCAGCAACGAUUUAUAUGCGCCUCUACCAGAACACCGGUCGGAUGUCUUAGGUGAUGCUGUCCAGAGGGCAUGGGAACACGAAGUGCGCACGAGCACCGCGGCAGAAUCCAAGCCUAGCUUAUGGAGGGCGCUGAUUAAAGUCUUCGGAGCAGAGUUCAUGUUCUAUGGACUUAUCCUUGCAGCCAUGGAGUUUAUUAUACGGCUGCAGCAACCGUUGUUCUUGGGUCUAGUGCUCCGUUACUACAAUCCAAUUCAAGAUUCCCAUAACAACACGAAUCGAUAUUUUUCCCGGCUGUUCCACUACUACGAGGCGGCGGGAGGGGUGAGCUGGGGCGAGGCGGUGUUCUUCUCACUGGGCGUGGUGCUCACUAGCGUGGUCAACGUGCUCGUGCAGCAUCCUUUCAUGAUGGCCGCUAUGCACAUCGGCAUGAAAAUGAGAGUUGGUGUUUGCAGCUUGAUUUAUAGAAAGGCUUUGAGAGUGAGUCUGCAAACGAUGGCUGACAACGGCGCGGGGCUGGUGGUAAACCUGAUGGCAAAUGAUGUCAAUAGAUUCGACACGGGACCUUUAUUUGCACACUACCUUUGGAUCGGGCCCCUUGAGACCUUGAUCAUGACAAUGUUCCUGUAUCGAGAGCUGGGUAUGGCAGCCGUAUAUGGAAUCCUUACAAUUGUAGCAGUAAUUCCAUUUCAAAUUUUUCUGGGAACACGAACGGCAUACUACAGACGAAAGACGGCUUUGAAAUCGGACGAUCGAGUCCGACUGACGAAGGAGAUCGUCAUGGGAAUAGAAGUGAUCAAGAUGUAUACUUGGGAGGAACCAUUCCGCAGGCUUAUAGAUGAUGUCAGAAGGCAAGAAAUCCACAACAUCAAGAUGACUUCGUACAUACGCGGUGUGAUAAUGUCGUUCAUAAUGUUCACGUCCCGGUUCGGCAUCUUCGUGACGGUGCUGGUGUACGCCGACGCGGCGCCGCGCGUCACCGUCGAGACCGUGUUCUUCCUCACCUGCUACUACAACAUCAUCAAGCAGACCAUGACGCUAUUCUUUCCUCAAGCCGUUGGACAGAUAGCGGAAAUGAAUGUAGCAGUACAAAGGAUACGAGACUACUUGAUAAGUGAAGAAUGCCAGUUUCCCCCAAAAACGUUUGAGCCGAGUGCAGGACCUACCAAAAGUAUGAAAAAACGUGUAACCAUUGUUGUGGAGCCGAAAGUACCUAUACCUCCUCGCGCACCAGCCAGCCCGGCCAGCACCUCAAACACCUCAAACAUUCAAGAUAACGAUAAAAAUCAAGAUAAGAGAGCACACCGAAAUUGCACCGAACGUCUCUCUCUCUGCAACGCCAACGCCAACGCCAACGCCAAUGCCAACGCCAACGCCAGCCAGUCAUAG